GGACCCUUUACGUCAGUUCCACUUUGACCGCAGAGUACCUGAACGCGCCUCCGGAGCAGCGGCGAAUGACGUCACGCGGAAGUGGAAGCCACUUCCGGACUCAGUUUGUUUUCGGAGCGCAGUUUGGGUGACGGAAGAAGAUUCGCUUCGCAAACAGAACCGGACAUGAAGCUGCUCCUCACGGUUCUGUUUCUGGUGGGACCGGCCCAGAGCUGGAACGACGGCAGCGUCCUCCUGAGGGACAUCCAGGCCCUGACCCUCUACAAGAACCGGAUGACCACAGCCAGGCGCUCCAGCCCCGUCCCUCAGCUGAAGUGCGUCGGGGGCUCUGCGGGCUGCCACGUUUUCACCCCGGAGGCCGUCCAGUGUCUGAACAGGGGCUGGGACGGGGUGGACGUCCAGUGGGAGUGCAAGACUGACAUGGACAACCGGUACCGCUUUGGCCGCAUCGAGGUGAGCUGUGAGGGCUACAGCCACCCGGCAGACGACUACGUCCUGAAGGGCUCCUGCGGGCUGGAGUACACCCUGGAGCUGACAGCCGAGGGCCAGAAGAGCAGCUCCGGGAUGGGAGGGCUCGGAGGCUUUGCCUCCAGCUUCUUCAGCGGGUUUUCUGAGGACCGGCGCCAGCAGAAUCCCCGCAAGGCGACCCCCCCGGCCGGCGAGGGCUCCGGAGACCUGCUGGUGGUGGUGGUCCUGCUCCUUCUGGGCUUCGGGGUCUACAAGCUGUUCCUGAGCGGGGACGCGGCCCAGCAGCCCGGGCAGCCUCAGUCUGGGGGCUACGGCCACACGGCAGGGCCCCCCCCUCCGGGAUCCCAGCCCUACAGGUCGCCUCCUACCACAGGAGGCUUCACCUCCUCCUCCUCUUCCCCCCCCCCCCCCUCCUCCUCCUCCUCUGGGACCCGCACAGCCUCAGGUUUCGGGGGGACCAGGAAAAGAUAGGAGCUGCGGGAGGAGGGCCGACUCCGGCGGAUGGACGCAGAGGGGCGUUCAGGGGGAAAAAGACGAUCCGUCACCCCAAAUCCACCCUGGGCAUUACCUCCUGGACUUUUUUUAAUUCAGCUUUAAAUCGUGUUUUUUCUGGUUUAAGGAGGACGGUCAGGCUUCCUCAGACAGACCGAGUGUCCCCACAGGCCUGUGUGGGAGCCUGUGGGCAUUCCUCCCUGUACUGUAGAUGAGCUUUGAUUAAAUUUGUGUAUUUAAGAAUACAGCCGCGUGCUUCCCCCUGCCUGUCCCUGUGUUCUGUUACCGGCAGACUCUGGGAUCUUCGGGCUCAGACCCUCAGAACCCGCCGGACCCGUCUCGUCUCUGAGGGUUUCCUCCUUUCACUUUAACGGGAGGAAAACAGGAACAGGUCUCACCAAUGAGGGCGACUCCGGUGAGGCUGGCUCCGCCCCCUGUGCCCACUAAAACAGAUUUAUCUGACUGUUUAAUCUCAGAACAAACAAACGGGGUCCAAAAAACACACUUAAAAGUCGAUGGUAAACAGAUUUUCGGCUUCAACCAACAACUAACUUAAUUUACACCGUCAGAAAGUUACUCACAACACCUUUUUAUUUUCAAAAUUGAUGUUUAAUACAAAAAGCAGAGAACCCAAAGACGGUCUGAAGUGAAGAGUGAUAAUUUUUCACAUUUCUCAGUGGAUGAUAUGGUCACAAAAGUCUCCGAGUGAAAAACUUACAACGUGGCACGAAUGACAUGAGUCCGUUAGGAGAUAUGGAGGCCCGAGGGGCUGUUUCAGCCCCACGUCGGCCAUUUUGGCAACUCACCGUGUUGAAGAAGCCUUUGGCUUCGGUUAGCUUAAAACGAGCUGAAAAUAACACUUUUUCUGAAGAAAUCAAACAGCACUUAAGUUCUUAAAAGCAUAUACUGUACGUAACAAGAGCCACAUUAAUAUAGUUUAUAAUAUUCUAUUUGCUAUCUUUAUGAAACACUACGAUGCAGCCAGAGUUCAGGCCGAUAAGUUCAUCUGAAAGGAAAAAUUCAAAGUGACAUGCAAAGUUUCUCUCCCUCCUCCGUGUCCCUUGUUGCCCCUCUCAGUGCAGCCUUCCUCUGAAAAAGGAAGAAGUUGUUCACAGUUUGUUUUUUUCCAACUCACAGCAGGGUGAGCUCCUAUUGGCUCAGGUUUCAGCGUCAGCAGCUGCCAUUGGCCGAGCGCGGGGAGCUCUGAUUGGUUCUCUGUCCGUUUGGCACAUCAUCCAGCUGGCAAAAAGAACUCUUAUGACGAUACUAUUGGCACGUGCAAAUGUGUGUGUGUGUGUGUUCCAGGCGUUUGUGUGCGGUGUGUCUGUACAUUGGGUUUCCGCUGCGUCGGCACGGAAACGGGGAAGGAUGCUCCUCUGGCCCGUCCUCUGGAUGUCUACGGGCCCGAAAAAGGUUUGGAAACAGCAGAACUCUGCCGUCCAUCGUCUCAUCUGGCCGCUCCAAACCGGGUUCCACCCGAACCACGAACAAACACAUGCCGGUAAACUUAUAUACGCAGCAGAAUGGAAAAAUAAAUAGUCGUUUAUCAGUCGUACGGAGGUCUUGUCUGAGAAUCGGUGAGAUUUUGUGUGUAGAUGUAAGCAGCUUGUAAGCAGAGCCAGAAGAUAAGGUUUGUUAUUCUGUGAUUUGAUUUGAGUUUCCCAUCCUUUGUGUGUGUAUAUGUGUGUGUGUG